AUGUUUUUAAAUUUAUUACUUGUCUUUUUUUUACUUUUUAAUUCUUGUAACGCUUAUAAGAUAUUAAUUUUUAAUCCAAAAUAUGGACAUUCACAUGUUAAUUUUGUGGGACAGAUAGCUGAUACAUUAGUUGAAGCUGGACAUAAUGUUACAGUGAUUGUUGUUGAUAUGGAUCAAAGUAUUAAACAUCCUGGUACAAGAAAAGCCAACAUAUAUCAUAUCCCUUCUGAUCCUGUUGUGGUAAAUUUAUUUACCAAUAAAACAAAAUUAAAAGCAAUGUGGGAAACUUCUGAUUCAAUAUGGGCACAAUUAGAUAUGUUUAAUGAUUUUAUGGAGGGACAACGAUUAUUAGGAAGGCAAAUAUUUUAUAAUAAAGAAUUAGCUAAAUUUGUAAAAGAACAAAAAUUUGAUAUAGGAUUUACUGAACUUAUUAAUAUAUAUAUGCUUGGUUUGUUUAAAGCAUGGAAUAUUCCUGCAACAGUUACCGGCUCUGCUAUAGGAUUUAUGGAUAAUUAUUAUGAAAUGUUUGGUUUACAUUUUCCAGCUAGUCAUAUUCCUACAAUAAUGCAACCCUCUCAUGAUAUAAUGACAUAUAGAGAAAGAUUUCAAAAUUUAUUUUCUUACUAUUUUUCAAAAAUCAUGAAUAAACAUAUGCUUCGUAAAUAUUAUUUACUUGAUGAAUUUGAAGAAAAAUAUGGUAAAGGUUUUUAUGAUCCAUUUGAACUUAUUGGAGAUAGACCAAAAACACCUAAAAUGAUUGAAAUUUCUGGUAUUGGAAUUCCUGAUCCAAAACAAUUAGAUGAAUAUUGGGAUAAAAUUUUGUCUUUAAGAAAAUAUACAGUAUUAAUUUCUUUUGGUUCAUUUGCUAGAAGUGUAGAAAUGCCAAUUGCAAUGAAAAAAGGUAUAAUUGAGACGGUAAAAAAAUUACCUGAAAUAACAUUUAUUUGGAAAUAUGAAAUUCCUGAAGAUAAUAAUAUAGAAAAAUUAGAAAAUUUAGUUUUAAGUAAAUGGGUUCCUCAAAAUGAUCUUUUAAAUGAUUCAAGAUUAUCACUUUUUAUAACUCAUGGUGGAGCAAAUUCAAUUGCUGAGUUAUCAUUUAGAGGUGUCCCUGCAAUUGCAAUUCCAGUAUUUGGUGAUCAAUUUAGAAAUGCAAAAUUAAUUGAAAAACAUAAUACAGGAUUAGUUAUGGAUAAAAGUUUAUUAAAAAAUUCUAAAAAAUUAAAGGCUACUCUCGUUUCACAACAAUUAAAUAAAAGACCAAUUGGUUCAAAAAGAUUACUUAUUGAACAUAUUGAAUUUGCCUGUGAAUUUGGUAAAUUACCUUCACUUGAUUUAGAAAUAAUAUAG